UAUCUUUUUUUCUCAUUUAUUGAUGUAAUGAAAAUUGGCUACAGCAUUUCUCCAGAGCUGAAGGUGUAUCCUGAAUGUGUUACUUUCCUAGCUGCUAUCUCCAAUAGUUGGUCUACCAUUACAAAAGGUCCUUGAAUGCAUCAGAUGAUUGCUUAAAGCAUUUUAAAAACAAAAAGGCACUUUCUCCUUUUACCUGGUGGUCAGAUGGUCAGUAAUAGAUUUCUGUUGCUAUCACUGAUACUACUUUCUUCACUCUUGCUUUCCUUAAUGCUAUUAUCGCUUUGAGAAAUUUACAGAAAUACAUGUUCGCAGUCCUUCUGAAAGAUGAUAGUGAAUCCCAAAGCUGCUGUUCUUUUCUGAAAAAUGGCACAAGCUAUUCAGUUCCCGUGCAGACAUCCUUUGGGGCAGGUGGAAUGGACCUGCAUUCUGUGAAACAUUCCCUGUAGAUGUCACUGAACUUCAGAGCAGUUCAGUCCAUAGUUCAAUAAGAUUGGGAUGGUAAUAUGUGAAUCAGACAAAGUACACAAAAUAGUAGCUAUGAGUUUCUCCAAAUCUGGACUGCAUGCUGUACAACAAAUCAUUCGGUGUCUUCCCUCUUCUUUGCGUGGCUGCACUGUGUAUUUUUCCAGGAAACCAUGUACAACUUGUGCCACAUUCCUCAUUCAAGGUUCAGUUUCUUCAGUCUAUUACUGGCCAGUGGCUCCUGAAAAAAAGGGAGAUGAUUCAGUGGUUAAGGAAGAUAUUCAACGAUCUGACCAUAUGUUUCUUAGAAGUCACAUAAGUAGCAGUGUGCUCUUACCCAUGACGAGCUUUGAAACUGUGAAAAUGAUUGCAAAAAAAAUACGAUGCAAUGGACAACUGAACAGCAAUUUUAAGUUGCUUGAUUAUCAAACUGAAGAGUUUGAAAAAUAUUUUUCACUGUUUAACAUACAUAGCUGCAAAGAUACAUGUGUCAAACGGAUGGAAAAUGCUUUUCGUUGCUAUGAUUUUUUACUGAAAUGUUCCCAACUUGAGAAGAAAGAUCCAAAGGAAGAUGUUCAUCGGCAUGCAUUGCAGCUUUGUUAUUUUUUAGCAGCAAGAUCUGAUGACCCAAACCGAGGUAUAGGGUGUACACUCUACAGUCAGGAUGGAUAUUUUUUUGGGGCCGGUUAUAAUGGGUACCCCAUUGGCAUAUUAUAUGCAAACUUGCCGUGUACGGGAAGAAAAAAACAAAAGACUGGACUUGCAAAACGGGAUUUUGUUCUCCAUGCUGAAGCAAAUGUUCUUCUAUACAGAUCAAAAACAAAAAUAGAAGAGAGUGAUGUUCUUUACUGCAUCAAACCUCCCUGUCAUGACUGUCAGAAUCUUUUGAAGGAUGUGAAAGUCAAGAUAAUUCAUUGUGUAAAAGAAUCAUCCAAACCAAAUACAGAAGAUCAUCUAGAUGAUUUAAAGAAAAACUUUGACUAUCAUGAGUGGGAACAGUACAAAACUCAACUUAUGGCAGUACCCAGUGGUUCAGAAGACACUAGAGGAACAGAAGGAAUGAAUGAUGAAGGUUCUCCUGUUCCUCACCUGAAGAAAGAAGACUUGUGCAUCUUUUUAGCACUACAUAUGGAAAAUUCACCAAGUGAAUCACAGAAACACUAUUGCAAAACUGGAAUUGUUGUCUGUGAAGCGAGCAAACCAAAAAGGAUUAUUGCCCUGGGCUGCUCAACAGAGGAACUUCAUGCUGUGCCAGUAGUGCUGUUAAGGUUUCCUAAUGAACUGAAAGGCUGUGAAGUUUACAUGUCUCGGAUGCCUUGCAAUUAUUGUGCAAAAUUGCUGGUUCAGGCACAAGUCUCACAAGUGUAUUACUGGCCGAUGUUUGAAUCUGAAACUUCAGAAAAUAACUCAAAGGAUCAUCUGGUGAAACAUGCUAAUACCAUCUUUACAGAAAGCUAUGUUGUUGCAGCGGUGUAUGUACCAACAAUGGACAAUCGAAGAAAAAUGCAAAUACUUAAUUCAAAUAAAAGAGCAUUUUCCAAUGAUGAUCUAAUCCCAAUUGCAUCUAUAUUUGAUGAGAAAAUUGGUGUGGAUGUUUUAAAGCAGUUCAACUUGGAACACCUGAAAGAAAACCAACUGGAAAAAUAUAAAGAAAAUCUUACUACAGCAAAGAUUUGCUUCAAAACUCUGGCAAGUUGCAGAGAUGAAAAAAUAAUAAUCUUAGAAGAGAAGGAAUCCACUCUAAAGAAUAAUUCUAAAUACACCCAUGCAUUACAGCUCUGUGAUUUAUUAGCAUCCAGAAGUGACAAUAAUAAUGGAGUGGGGACAGUGAUAUACAAGGAAGACAACAUUGUUGCCCUGGGCUACAGUGGAUAUCCAAAAGGGGCAAUGAAUAGUUUAUUUUGCAAGAAGGCAGAUGUUGAUUUUGACCAGCAUGCAAUUGUAUGUGCAGAAGCUAAUGCAAUUAUUAUGAGUUCUGAGAGAGACCUGUGUAAUGCUGAACUCAUCACUACACGCGAACCCUGCCAUGACUGUCUGAAACUGAUCCGAGCAAAGAACAUAGCAAAAGUCAUCUGGCCUCUGCGAGACAGAAACAUAGAGGGGUGCUCCGCAGCUGCUGCCGGUGGUGAACCAGCAUAAAGCUCCACAACAUCAACACCAGCUUUAGGAUCCAGUGCCCCCAGGCCUCCCAGUAUAUUGGUGGUGUUGGGAUAACCACCUUGUGAUGGCAGCCGCUCUGGUGGUGCCCACUCCCUUCCAGAAGCACACCUCAUACCAACCCCCCUGCCACCCCUUUUCUUAUUACUGCUUCUGCUGUGCUCUACAGGUAUUUGCUUCUGCCUGAGACUUAAGGGUGGGAAAAGCAUUUGCUUUUGAUGUACCUCCAAGGGGUAGUCAUGCCUAACUGUGCGGUGUCUGGAGCCGUGAAGGCAGUGGUUACUUUCUGCAGUCCUCAUUCCUUCUGCAGCUUUUCUUCUCUUGGAUUAGUCAGAGCAUCUGAAUGAGGAUUUUUCCUUUUCCAUUACUGGAGUUUCCCACCCUCCUUCACAUUUAUUUUAUUAGAUCUUCUUGUUUUUCAGCUGAAAAGUAACUAGUUCCCUGUUUCCUUGUCUCUCUCUGCUCUGGAGUAUUUGGUGCUUGUGUGUCCUUUCCCCAUCCUUCUCCCCUUUUUCUCUGGUGUAAUACAAUGUUUAAUUUUGUUUCUUAUUCAUGGGCCUCUUUAUAUGUCCUCUGAUAGUCUCAUACCUGUUUUUAAUUGGUCUUUGUGCCAUGUUGAUCAUGUUUUAGACUUAAUUUAAUCUCUGUCCUUGAAACACCAGACCAAUUAAUGUGGAAUAUGCUUUCAUAUUUUUCCAGGCUAAAUAAUUUUGCUCUAAAUGAGCCAGGGGUUUGCAGGCUAUGGUGCUGACAGCUGCUUUUGUCCUUGCCUUCAGUCUCCCUCAACUGUAGUUUCAAUAUAAGGAUUUUCUAGGAUGGCCCCAAACCCUGAAUCACCUACAAAAAUCGUCUUGAUUUUUAAAUUAUCAUUCCAAGAAUGCUAUUAUUUGUGGCUUUUUAGCUUUCAGCAAUUAUUCCUUUUACGCCAACCUCUUUGGAGUGAGAUCAUCAAAAUGUUUUGCACGGGAUUAAAUUGAAGGUUAUGUCACUUAAAAAAAAAAUAAAUUUGUUUGCAGUUU